CACGUCGAAUCCAUCGAGUUCCAUUACAUGUUUUAAAGCCUACUCAGUCGCAGUCGCACUGGAGGAAGUUGGUGAUAAGCUAGUUAGCUUCUAGCUCUCUAGAGAACAUUGAAGACAGCUUUGCAAACACAAGACUCAGCAAACCAAUUGGAGUUGAUCACAUACUCUUGUCCGGACCAAAUGGGAUUUAAGAAACAUGUACCUUUGAGGGACAACGUUUAACAAUUAGAACAACGUAAAUACUCUUGUCAGAUCGACUUCUGGCACUUUAUUAAACGCGGACUUCUAAUAUUAAUGAUGUCGAUGGCUAGCUAUCCAUGCGUUUGCUAGCACUAGCUCCAAGUUAGGUGGGACCGUGUCAGAAGAACGAAACUCCACAGAAGAAACACUGACUGGUCCUAUUGCUAGCUUGCUACUUUCUUUGAGGAAGACUUUCUCUACCUCUGACAGCUGGUUAAGCAAGGACACCUUUCUCGUGCUGGCUAAAUGGUUUUGCUUUCCUUUGACUUGUCAGUUCACUGACACUGAGCUCGCGGACGUCGUUCACUUAGCAACCACGACUGACUACAACAAGUACAGUACCAAUCUACAGUAAGGCUGACGGUGAUCGGUGCAGACGCCCGGACUGAUAAUAAAGAAACAAACGUAGCAAGACAGCCUCCCCAGCCAAUUUCCUCCUUCGACAUCAGACGCCCCCUCCCCCGCCUCGUCCACCAUCAUCAGGCAUCAUCACAGCAAGCUAGCGGUAGCGGACUCUACAUGCGAGCGAGGGUCCCUAACGCUAGGGGGAACGAAACAAUAAUGGAUAAUUGUAUGAGGUUGCAUGGGUCAUUUUUUAAAUGACGUGGAUUUCGUAGGAUUACAUUCGUUAACUUGAAGAAUUGCUGGUCUGGUUUCAAGCCUGAGCUUUACGAUUUAAAGCAAGCACUCGUUGCAAGAAGAGCGUGUCAGGCUUUGCUAAUUUUAGCUGGCUAACUAGCUAACCUUACUGAUUUGAUUAGCCAACCAACCGGCUAGAGAGCCAAGGCGGCCACAAAGAACGCCAUAUCUAGUUAGCUAAUAUCGGUGGCUAGCAAGUAUCUGCAGUCAUAACAAUCUCGUUACUCAGCCAUACAGCUAGCUUAGCUGGUUAGCCUAGCUAGCAAACGUUUCAGGAAGCCAAUAACGGAGGCUGCCAAACACAUCGGCGCUGUGAAGAACCCAAUGGAAGAUUUUUUGUUUUUAUUUGAUCGUAUUUUAUGUUAACACAGCUGUUGCUAAAUAACGACCCAGCAACAAACCCGUUGUCGUCUUUUGGCAACUGGAGAGUUUGCUUUUGUUUAUUUUUGCUCGCUGGUCGCUGUCACCAUUUUAACAGGAUGUAUUUAUUGGGUGCCAGUUCAACAUAUUCGUUGCAGCUCAUCUUUUUUGUGGACGCAUAGCUGGUACUAAGUCUUUUAGCCUGUUUUAUAUCCUGUCGGGGCUAGAUGAAUAUACAGUGUUGAGAAGCUCGCUGCACAUGUCGUGCUGGACACAAGGGAUUUUUAAUGCUUGCCACAUUUUUAAUGCUUGCCUUAUUGACAGGUGUCAAUUUGCUUGAUACGUUUAUCGUCUGGAAUAUUUGAAGCCCUGCACUGAGAAGUAGGGGGCCUUAAAAGAUCUCCCCAUCAAUACUUACUUUGCCAUAUCUGUAUUUGAUGUUCGUUAUUUGGCGUUCAUGAAACCACCAUAUUUUUUGCACUGGACGGAUCUGUGUUCACGGUAAACUAGAAGAGGCAUCAUCAAGGGAUACAUCUCUCAUCCAAAUUCAUCCUGCAUGUCACAAUGAUCGUUGUUUGAGAGACCUAAAGUGCUAACCCAGUCAGAAAAAUAAACGCUUCAGUCGAUGGUCGUCCCUGUCAUCCGUUUAGCUACCCUGUCAUCCUCACUGGACAUUGGCUGAUAUCAGUGGACAUUUACUUUUAAAUCAUUUGCCAACACAAUAACCAGUUAAUUUUGAAUCGAUUUGAUCGUCCCGGGGUUGAAGAUGGCGGACCUCGAAGCAGUUCUCGCCGAUGUCAGCUAUUUGAUGGCGAUGGAGAAGAGCAAAUCUACUCCAGCGGCCCGGGCGAGUAAGAAAAUCAUCCUCCCUGAGCCCAGCAUUCGCAGUGUGAUGCAGAAGUACCUCGAGGAGAGGGAUGAGCUGACGUUCGACAAAAUCUUCAACCAGAAGAUCGGCUUCCUGCUGUUUAAGGACUUCUGUAUGACCGAGAUAGACGAGGCCGUGCCUCAGCUCAAGUUCUACGAAGAGAUUAGGGACUAUGAGAAGCUGGACUCGGAGGAGGAGCGGUUGUGUCGCAGCAGACAGAUCUACGACGGUUACAUCAUGAAGGAGCUGCUGUCCUGUUCACAUGUGAGAACACACACACACACGCGUGCACACACACACACACCGGGGCCGCAGCACCUACCCCAAGGGCUCGUCUCCUCGUGUCAUCGCCGUCGUCACGGUGACAGAAACCGCUGCGCGGCGAAUGGCUGCGGUUUGAAAACGCUGUUUCCGAUGCUCAUCUGGCGUGUCUCUCGCUCGCUUCCUCUCUCUGUCUCUCUCUCUCCUCCUCCUCCUCAGCCCGCCAACAUCUUAUUGGACGAGCACGGUCACGUGCGCAUCUCUGACCUGGGUCUGGCCUGCGACUUCUCCAAGAAGAAACCGCACGCCAGCGUCGGUACCCACGGUUACAUGGCUCCGGAGGUGCUGCAGAAGGGGACGGCGUACGACAGCAGCGCCGACUGGUUCUCCCUGGGCUGCAUGCUGUUCAAACUGCUACGAGGGCACAGUCCCUUCAGACAGCACAAGACCAAAGACAAACACGAAAUCGACCGAAUGACCCUCACCAUGAAUGUGGAGCUACCGGACUCCUUCUCCGUGGAGCUGAAAGGUCUACUGGAGGGCCUGCUGCAGAGAGAUGUCGCCAAGAGGCUGGGCUGUCUGGGACGAGGGGCACCAGAGGUGAAGGAGCAUCUAUUCUUCAAAGGCAUCGAUUGGCAACAGGUGUAUCUCCAGAAGUACUCUCCUCCCCUCAUUCCUCCCAGAGGAGAGGUGAACGCCGCCGACGCCUUCGACAUCGGCUCCUUCGACGAGGAGGACACCAAGGGGAUCAAGCUGCUGGACAGUGAUCAGGAGCUGUAUAAGAACUUCCCCCUGGUCAUCUCGGAGCGCUGGCAGCAGGAGGUGGCAGAGACCGUCUACGAGGCCGUCAACUCGGACACGGACAAGAACGAGGCCCGCAAGAGAGCCAAGAAUAAACAGCUGGGCCACGAGGAGGACUACGCCCUGGGGAAGGACUGCAUCAUGCACGGCUACAUGCUGAAGCUGGGGAACCCCUUCCUCACCCAGUGGCAGCGGCGCUACUUCUACCUGUUCCCCAACCGGGUGGAGUGGAGGGGAGAGGGCGAGUCUCGGGACAAAUGGCUAAAAACCUUAAGGCGGCACGUGCCCACGCAAAACCUGCUGACCAUGGAGCAGAUCGUCACGGUGGAGGAGACGCAGAUCAAGGACAAGAAGUGCAUCCUGCUGCGCAUCAAGGGCGGGAAGCAGUUUGUGCUGCAGUGCGAGAGCGACCCGGAGUUCGUGCAGUGGAAGAAGGAGCUGACAGAGGCCUUCACCGAGGCCCAGAAGCUGCUGCGCCGGGCGCCCAAGGUCAUCGGCAAGGGCCGUGCGGCCGUGGUGGAGCUCUCCAAACCCCCCCUCACACACCGCAACAGCAACGGCCUGUGAACACACACACACACCCUCGACACACACACACACACACACGCCCACACGCACACAUACACGUUUAUAUAUAUAUACACACACACACACACACACUGCUUCCUCUGCCUCCCCCCCCCCCUCCCAUCAACCACAAGCCCCCGUCACCCAUACAUUUGCUCGCACACACAUACACAAUAAAGCUUCACAUGAUAGUGGGUGGGUGUGUGUGCGAGAGCCUUGAGCGCUUCUCCACCGUCGUCUCUGUCAUGUAAACACACGUGGUCCGUAACGGGGAGGGGGGGGGCGGGGGGGGGCACAGCACCCCAAACCCUGCGGGUCAAACCCCACGCCCCGGGGGAAAGGGAGGGAGGAAGACGAAGAGGAGCGCCCCAAGCACGUCGACAGAGGAUCCCUCUGCAUGUACCCAGAGGGAGGACAAGUCCUCUCCUCCCUCUCCUCCCCCCUCUCCUCCCGCACUCCCGACAAGGUACGCUCGGGACAUUUCGCGCUCUCGCACCGACCCACUCGCAGCAGAACAUGUCUUCGGCGGAGGGGGGGGGGGG